AUGGAUGCCUUCUGCAGUCUCAGUGCUGGACCCUCUUGGGACUGGAAUCGGACAUGGUACACCCCUAACCCUGACCUGACCGACUGUUUCCAGAAUACUGUACUCGUCUGGGCUCCUUGCAUCUACCUCUGGGUCUGUGCGCCCUUCUAUUGCCUUCACCUGUACUGUCAUGAUCGUGGCCGUCUCCCCCUCUCACUCCUAUGCAGCGCAAAACUGCUGCUGGGGUUCUUCUUGGCCUCGUUCGGGUUUGUGGAAUUUUUCUACAUCCUGCUGGAGAGAAACCAGGAGAUCCACCGUCACAUGGUCUUUCUUCUCAGCCCCGUCAUCCGGAGCCUGACAGUGGUCCUGGCAGUGCUGAUCAUCCAAUGGGAGAGGAUACGGGGCUGCCGCUCCUCCGCGUUCCUCUUCCUCUUCUGGCUGAUGGGCGUGGUCUGCUCGUUGGUGCCCCUCAGAGCCAAGAUCCAGCUGGCCGUGGACGAGGGUCUUUCUCCAAAUAUCGUACGAUACUUGGCCUUCUUCUCUUUCUUUGGUCUCCAGUUGGCUCAGCUUUUCCUCAGCUGUUUUGCGGACCAAGCACCUAGUGACAAAGCUGGCUCCAAAAAUUCAUGUCCUGUCCAAGAUGCAUCUUUUCUGUCAAAGUUCCUAUUCUGGUGGUUCAAGGGGUUGGUUAUUAAAGGCUAUCGCACUCCACUGCAAGCUGAUGAUCUGUGGUCUCUUCGUGCGGAGGACACUUCAGAAAAGAUCAUUUCAGAUCUGGAAGAGGAGUGGACAGCAGAAUGUACCAAGCUAAAACAACAGGAGAACCACCUGAGCACCAGCGUGGCCCUGGGCUCCAGGCUCCCUGACCAAGCCCAGCUUCUCAGGAAGCUACAGAAAGAGCAAAGCUCCGGCUUCUGCCUCCUGCGAACGCUGGCACGCAGCUUUGGACCUUACUUUCUGUCAGGAACUCUAUGCCUCAUGAUCCACGAUGCCUUUAUGUUCACCAUCCCACAAGUGCUCAGUCUGUUGUUAGGUUUUAUGAGGGAAGAAGACGCACCUCUGUGGAAAGGGUACUUCUAUGCCUCGCUCAUGUUCCUGCUCUCCUGUCUCCAGUCCCUCUUCAAUCACCAGUACAUGUACACAUGCUUCACAGUAGGCAUGAGAGUUAAGACUGCGGUUAUGGGUCUGGUCUACAGGAAGUCUUUGGUCAUAAACAGUGCUGCACGUAGAACGUGUACGGUUGGAGAAAUAGUGAACCUGGUGUCAGCCGACACUCAGAAGCUGAUGGACUUUGUGGUGUACUUCAAUGCAGUGUGGCUUGCUCCCAUAGAGAUUGCCCUCUGUCUCUUCUUCCUUUGGCAGCACCUGGGCCCUUCAGCACUGGCCGGUAUUGCCACGGUAAUCCUCAUCUUUCCUCUCAACGGAUUCAUUGCCAAGAAAAGGAGUAAACUCCAGGAGAUUCAGAUGAAGUACAUGGACGGUCGAAUCAAGCUGAUGAAUGAAAUCCUGAACGGGAUUAAGAUCUUGAAGUUCUACGCCUGGGAAAAGGCAUUCCUUGAGCAGGUCUUAGGCUACAGAGAGAAGGAACUGAAUGCCCUGAAGAAGUCCCAGAUCCUCUACUCUGUAUCCAUCGCAUCCUUCAACUCUUCAUCUUUCCUGAUCGCUUUUGCCAUGUUUGGUGUGUAUGUCCUCAUCGAUGACAGAAACGUUCUCGAUGCACAGAAGGUCUUUGUGUCCAUGGCCCUGAUCAACAUUCUGAAGACACCGCUAAGCCAGCUGCCCUUUGCUAUGAGUACAACCAUGCAGGCCAUUGUCUCUUUGAAACGUUUGGGGAAAUUUCUCUGUCAGGAGGAACUAAAACCAGACAAUGUGACCAGAUCCCCCUUUAAAGCCGAUGAAGAUGCCAUUGUAGUCGAUAAUGGAACUUUCAGCUGGUCUAAAGACGGCCCUCCUUGUCUAAAGAGGAUUAAUGUAAGUGUGCCUCGUGGCUCAUUGGUGGCUGUCGUUGGCCACGUUGGCUGUGGGAAGUCAUCGUUGCUCUCCUCCAUGCUUGGGGAGACUGAGCGGAGGAGCGGCAGCGUCUCUGUCAAGGGCUCAUUAGCCUAUGUGCCUCAACAAGCCUGGAUUCAGAAUGCAACACUCCAGGACAACAUUCUGUUUGGUCGGGAGAAGAAGAAAAGCUGGUACCAGCGUGUGCUGGAAGCAUGUGCCCUCCUGCCAGACCUGGAAAUUCUGCCCGCUGGGGAUGCCACAGAAAUUGGAGAGAAGGGUUUAAACCUCUCUGGAGGUCAGAAGCAGCGCGUGAGUCUGGCUCGAGCCGUCUACAGAAAAUCUGACGUCUACCUGCUGGACGACCCCCUGUCUGCCGUGGAUGCCCAUGUGGGGCAGCACAUUUUCGAUAAAGUCAUUGGACCAAAGGGCGUCCUAAGAGACAAGACUCGGGUUCUGGUAACCCACGGGAUGAGCUUCCUGCCUCAAGCAGACCUGAUCCUGGUCCUGGUGGACGGAGAAAUAACUGAGAUUGGCUCGUACCAGGAUCUACUGAGUCGUAACGGAGCCUUUGCCGACUUCAUCCGCGUGUUUGCCAGCUCAGAGAGAAAGGAGAGCUCCACACAGAGAGGCUCCAGGAAAUCUUCCUCCAGGUUAAGCAUGACAGAUUUUAUGCCAUUCUCCAGAGACCUGUCUCAGGAGCAACUCAUUGGUGGCGACACAAGCAGUGUUAGCAUGCAGAGCGUCGAGCCGCUGUCCGAUAUCGAUCAGGAUCAGGUGCCAGAGGACCUGGGCAGGUUGACAGAGGUGGACAAGGCCCGAACGGGCAGGGUUAAGAUGGAGCUGUACAUCGAAUACUUCAAGACCAUUGGCUUGGCUUUGAUCAUAUCCAUAGUGUUCAUGUACGCGUUCCAACAGGCUGCUUCUCUGGCCUACAACUACUGGCUCAGCAUGUGGGCAGACGAGCCUGUAGUCAACGGCACGCAGCUCAACACAGACAUGAAGCUGGCUGUAUAUGGAGCCUUGGGAUUUGCACAAGGUGUGGCCAUUUUUGGAACCACUGUGGCCAUCUCAGUGGGUGGCAUCAUUGCCUCACGCUAUCUGCACCUGGAGCUUCUCAACAACGUUCUCCGUUCCCCCAUGUCCUUCUUUGAGCGUACGCCCAGUGGCAACCUGCUCAACCGCUUCGCCAAGGAGAUCGACGCCAUCGACUGUAUGAUUCCCGACGGUCUGAAGAUGAUGCUUAGUUACUUUUUCAAGCUAAUGGAGGUCUGCAUCAUCGUGCUUCUGGCCACGCCUUUUGCUGCCCUCGUCAUCCUGCCCCUGACACUCCUCUACGCUUUCAUACAGAGCUUCUACGUGGCGACAUCAUGCCAGCUGCGUCGGCUUGAAUCGGUGAGCCGUUCGCCCAUCUACACCCACUUCAACGAGACGGUGCAAGGUGCCAGUGUCAUCCGCGCCUUUGGCGAGCAGUACCGCUUCAUCCUACAGGCCAACCAAAGGGUGGACCACAAUCAGACCUCCUAUUUCCCUCGCUUUGUGGCUACCAGGUGGCUAGCAGUGAAUCUGGAGUUCCUUGGCAACAUCGUGGUCCUAGCAGCAGCUGUUCUGUCUGUGAUGGGAAAAGAGACACUGAGCCCGGGUAUCGUUGGUCUGGCAGUCUCCCAUUCUCUUCAGGUAACUGGUAUCCUAAGUUGGAUAGUGAGGUCCUGGACAGAUGUGGAAAACAACAUUGUGUCUGUGGAGAGAGUGAAAGAGUAUGCCGACACACCCAAAGAGUCAGCUUGGACCAUAGAAGGCAGUUCUCUACCCCCAACAUGGCCACAAACUGGCACCAUAGAGUUCCAUGACUAUGGUCUGCAGUACCGAAAAGGCCUAGAGUGGGCAUUGAAAGGCAUCUCCCUCCACAUCAAAGAGCGAGAGAAGGUGGGUAUCGUUGGAAGGACUGGAGCAGGGAAAUCCUCUCUGGCCCUGGGGACCUUCCGGAUCCUUGAGGCAGCGAAAGGAGAGAUCUACAUCGACGGGAUCAAAAUCGCUGAGCUUGGGCUUCACGACCUGAGAUCCCGCAUCACAAUCAUUCCACAGGAUCCUGUGCUGUUUUCUGGUUCCUUGCGUAUGAACCUCGAUCCCUUCGACGCAUAUUCGGAUGAAGAAGUUUGGAAUGCUCUGGAACUGGCUCACCUUAAGAACUUUGUAUCUGAACUCCCUGACAAACUAAGCUAUGAGUGCUCGGAAGGAGGGGAGAACCUCAGUCUUGGGCAGCGACAGCUGGUGUGCCUGGCUCGGGCCCUCCUUCGUAAGACGAAGAUCUUGGUUCUGGAUGAGGCAACAGCUGCCGUAGAUUUGGAGACGGAUACCCUGAUCCAGUCCACCAUCCGCAGUCAGUUUGAGGACUGCACCGUCCUGACUAUUGCCCACCGUCUCAACACCGUCAUGGACUACACCAGGGUCAUUGUGAUGGACAAAGGCCACAUCCUGGAAAUGGACUCCCCUGCCAACCUCAUAGCCCAGCGAGGCCAGUUCUACCGCAUGUGCCGAGAGGCCGGGUUGGCGUGA